CUAGGCCGAUGUUAAGGUAUCUACGCAAACUCAGAACUCUGUACGUGUCCCUCACACGCGGCGAUCCCGCUGAACGUUCCAUCCUGCAUGUGAUUGUGAGGUCACUGCGUCUUCUUCCUCAAUCACCCUCCAUCCGAUUGUGACGCGUCGGUCUACGUGACGCGCCUUUCGCGUUGAGCGGGAGUCACGGUAGGCAGCGGGUGGCCCGGGCGAUGGGGAGGAAACGGAGAGACGCGGCGGGACAGCGACACCCGGCCGACAGCUGACUUACCGCCAGCCAGAGCUCAGCUCAGCCCAGCCAGAUAAAAAGGCGUUCGACACUUAUACGCCGGCUGGCUGGCCGAGCCACCCGGUCAGCCAGCAGCGGACUUUGUGGUGAGUGGGCCGCAGCGCUGCCGGUGGUUACCCAUGUCGGCGCAGUGGCUGUCGAUGGGGAGUCACCUCCGCGGGGUCCUGGACGUGGCCUUGCGGGUCCCCUGCAUCUUCGUCAUCGACGCCAUCUUGAACUCCUACUUUGACGGCCUUGAGAGCCUGUCCACGGUGGCUCGACAGGUAUCACAGCGGUUACUGGGUCUGUUACUGUCAUGUGUUAUCCUUGUCUUAUCCCAAAGAGCACUCUUCAGACUGUACGCAUUUGGCUGUGUUGUUCUACUUGCUGCAACUUCUGUGUUAGUAAACUACUACACCACACUUCACAUUGAUUUCUACAAUGCAUACUACUCUGCAGUGUUUGGGAUGCAGUUAUUACCACGCAACGGCCCGACUUUGUGGUUGGCCCUUAUUGCAGUUCAGCUCACAAUUGGCAUUGGGUAUGCAACAUUACUGAGCAUUCCAUCAGUAUUUUCUGCAUUGACUGUGGUAAACUUCUUACUGCCUAUACUAAGCCUGGCCUUGGAGUUACCAGCAGAUAUUCAAAAUCUGUUAGUUGCCUUUUCAGGCAUGUAUAUAACAGCACAGACUGUAUUUUACGUAACUCUGAAUUUAAAAUGGUUUUAUUAUACAAUAAGAUAUGUUUAUUUACUGUUACGGCACAUGUAUCGUAUAUAUGGAUUACAAGUUAUAGUGGAGGACACGUGGAAGAGGAUUCGUUUUCCAGAUGUACUGAGGGUUUUUUGGUUGACUCGGCUAGUGGCACAGGCUAUUAUUUUAGUUUAUGUUGUUAAAGUGACACAAAGUGAUUCAGAGAACAAAAGCUACUUUAUUUCCUGGAGUGACAGCUGGGAGGUGCUCUGUAAUCUCAUUAUAAGUGGGUGUGACUCAACAUUGACCGUCUUGGGCAUGAGUGCAGUUAUCUCAUCAUUAGCACACUACUUGGGACUUGGAAUCUUAGCCUUCAUUGGGUCAACUGAGGAGGAAGAUAAACGCUUAGGAUUUGUGGCCCCAGUUUUAUUUUUCAUUUUAGCUCUGCAGACAGGUUUGAGUGGACUGGAACCUGAAGAAAGACUAGUUCGCCUCAGUCGCAACAUGUGCCUUCUGUUGACUGCAAUCCUGCAUUUUAUCCAUGGAAUGACAGAUCCUGUGCUGAUGUCACUUAGUGCCUCCCAUGUUUCCUCCUUCAGAAGACACUUGCCUGUUCUCAUGGUUUCCAUUAGCCUUUUCAUUCUUCCAAUUGUACUCAGCUGCACCUUGUGGCAGGUCCACACACUGAACACUUGGCUCUUUGCUGUGACAGCAUUCUGUGUCGAAUUGUGCUUAAAAGUAAUUGUUUCCCUUACUGUGUACACUCUGUUUAUAAUUGAUGGGUACUACAAUGUUUUAUGGGAAAAACUAGAUGAUUACAUUUACUAUGUUCGUUCAACAGGCAAUGUUAUUGAGUUUAUUUUUGGAGUGAUAAUGUUUGGAAAUGGCGCUUACACAAUGAUGUUUGAAUCUGGUAGUAAAAUUCGUGCCUGUAUGAUGUGCUUACAUGCUUACUUUAACAUUUAUUUGCAAGCUAAAAAUGGAUGGAAAACAUUUAUAAACAGGAGGACUGCAGUGAAGAAAAUUAACUCUCUGCCAGAAGUAAGAGGCAACAGGUUGCAUGAUAUUGGUGAUGUGUGUGCAAUUUGUUACCAGGAGUUCACCACUUCAGCACGCAUCACACCUUGCAACCAUUAUUUCCAUGCCCUUUGUCUACGCAAGUGGUUGUACAUUCAGGAUACAUGCCCAAUGUGCCAUCAGGGAGUGUACAUUGAGGAAAAUCAGAAUGAAAGCACAGUAUUUGUCAAUAACAAUGGAAAUAUUCCGCAGCAGCCAGUAGUGGAAAACUUGGUGGUGGCGGCUGCUGCUGUUGAUGCUGACAGUGAUCUCAAUGAAGACAAUGACAGCAUUGAAUAUGAUGAAGAAGAGUGGACAACUCAAAAUGGCAAUGCACCAAUGGAGGACGAGUACCUCGAUGAUGAUACAGAUACGAGUGAAGUAUGAGACUCAAUGAUUGUAGGGAUAUGUUGCAUAAUUUAAAACAAAAGACUGCCAAUCAAACAUCAGGGAAGAAAGUGAUUUUUUUUUUUGCUUAUAUGAUUGCUUAGUUAUGUCAGCCCAGUGAUGAGAAAGGGUUAGGAAAUAAACUACAUUCCACUUAUCAUUGGAGUGUAGAAUAGACAAAGCACAGCAGCUGUGAAAAGACACUGGUUAUGGACAAGUACUGUUUUCAGCCAAAUUAUUUAUUAUGACUGCUGUUGUACUGUUUACCUCUUAAAGUUGCUGGCCUCUUGUUCAAUCCUAAAAUUUGUGUAUACUGUACAUGAAAUAAAAGUUUGACUUACAUAAAAUUCCUAAAAUUGCUGGCUGUGUUUAACAUAAUUGAAGAUGCAUGUAAUGUAAUUAAUAUCAGAUUCUUUAUGAACCUGCUUGGUAUUACAGAAAUGAUCUUGCUGUUUUUGUACUGUUUUUCCCUACUUUUUCCAAAGUAAAUGAUUCAAUCUGUUAGAGCCACACAAAUGCCUCAUGGAGGUCGCUUCUUUCUAUGGGUUGAAUUGGCAAGUAUUAAUGAGCUGUUGAACAGACUUGUGCCAAACCUACAAAACCAUCAGAAGCCAAAGGACACCCUCUUGAAAAUAAAAAUGAAUGCCGUGCUGGUUUUUUCCUGUUUUUUUUUCUUCCCAUCCAGUCCUAAAGCUUUAAUCUCACCAGUAUUGUCUAAGCCAGUGGUUAUCAACUUGGGAUCCACUUAUCACUGAAUGGUCGCGAGAAUGUUUUAAGAGGUCUACCAGAAAUAAAUUCUGUGCUGGCUAUAAUAAUAUCACUAAAUCACUAUCCAGGUCUACUAGGCAAAGUGCUGCUUAACUUCCCAAACUCACUUGGUAGUGUUGUCGAGUAGAGACACCCAAGGGUUCAGGUAUAUAAUUCUUUGCAAGUUGUGAUACAAGCAGACAAGAUGUUUAAGGCGUUUAGUGCACUUGCCUAAAUUUAGGAUUUGGGACAUUGAGGUUGUGUGGAUGUUGGUGGGGCCACAUUUGGAGUACUGUGUACAGUUCUGGUCGCCCUGCCACUGAAAGGAUGUGAAAUUGAAGCAGGUUCGGAAAAGAUUUACCUGUAUGUUGUUGGGAAUUUUGAGGAUAAGCUGGGAAGUUUUUCACUGGAGGGCUGAGUUUACCGGAGGUUUAUAAAAUCAUUCUGGAUGUAGAUAAGGUAAAUAACAAGUUCUUUUCCAUAGGGUGGGAGAGUUAAAAACUAGAAGGCAUAUUUUUAAGGUGAGGGGAGAAAAAUUUAAAAGGGACCUGAGGGGUGACUUUUUCAUAUACAGGGUAGUUCAUAUAUGGAAUAAACUGCCAGAGGAAGUAGUAGAUAUGUACACUUAGAACAUUUGAAACCCCUUUUGGAUAGGUUCAUGAAUAGGACAGAUGUAGAGGGAUAUGGGCCAAAUGCAGGCAAUUGGAACUAGUUUGGGAAACUUGGGUGGCAUGGACAGUUGGACCAAAGUGUCUGUUUCCAUGCUGUAUGAAUCGAAGUUAAUCUGCCCUGUUGUCAAGGAAAUGGUGUCCAGUCUCGAAUGUGCUCUGCUCAGCUUAAUAAUUACAGGCGAAGAGAUAAAUGCGAGCUAGUACAGCCAUCAAUAUCAUCAGUCUUUGUGCCACUUUACCAGCCUUGGUGACAAUUUACCAACUUUAUUAUAACUCAAGCAACCUAUACCAAAGUCUACUAAACUGAAUAGAACUUGCCACUAUCUCAACCUCCAUUUUAGCCAUAGCAACCAAUUUCACUUAUACUCUACCAUCUUCUACAGAAUUUUGCCAAUCUCAUUGACAGGUUAUUAAAGUGAUUAUUCUCCAACUUAAACAAUGUACCUUGUUUGUCAAAGUGAAAGUAAAUCAGCAAGAGCAAAAUUAAUUACAAUGCACAGGUUAAACUAAAUGCUACCAAAA